ACACCUGUGCAUGACAUGGAUCUCCGACUCUUCAGCUACAUACUGAGCACCUGGACCCAGGUCCAGAUCUGGAGUGGAGUGGCGUUCGGAUGUCAGCCUAAUUUAGCAGUCUGCCUUUCAGAGAAAGAUAUUUCCCUCUUUGAUGCUGAUGAAAAUCCAAAGUGCUUUACUCGCACAAUGAAAGACUUCACUUGUUUUUGGGAGGCAUCCAACGAAAAAUCAUACGACUUCUUUUACAAAAAUGAUAUUGAAAAGAAGUGUAGUCUCACACAGCAGAAACUGGAGAAUAGAAGGUUCCUCCACAUCUGCUCCUUACCCCCCUCAGAUGUCUACCUCUAUGAUUCCACAAACAUCAGAGUGGUGGAGGGGGGCACCAACAACACUGUCUAUAGCCGCAGUGCUAACGUCGAGGACUUGGUUUUGUUGGAUCCCCCAACAAAUGUCUCUCUGCACUUAAGUGAGGAGCCAGGGGAGCUUCUAGUGACCUGGUGUGCACCUUCAGUCUUGAGGACUGAUAUGCAGUAUGAGAUACAAUACUUUUCUCAGAGUAUGAUGGAAAGAAUAAAACUGAUAAAGCAUUCAAGAUCAUCAGCCUACAAGCUGGACUUCUUACACCCAGGAGAAGUGUGCCAUGUCCAGAUGAGAGUCAUGCCUGGUGGCUACAGUUUGAAGGGACAUUGGAGUGAGUGGUCAUCCCCAGCCUCAGCCAUGGUGCCACAGUGGGCAGCGGAUAUUGAUCUGCUGUGCCAUACUUCAGACCUGAGAAAUGUUCAGUGCCGAUGGAACAAAAGAAGAGAUGGAGAAGAGCCCAGCUACACCCUCUUCUACAAGUUCAGUCACAGCCACUCCUGGCAGGAGUGCAUUCCAACAGAGUCUGCCAACCAAUGCAUCUUCUACGGAGAACAGUCCAGCAGCAUAAGGGUGAACCUGAGAACUGGCCCAGGACCACACAGUUGCAGCUUCUUUUCUGAUUCCUUCACCAUGAACAACUGCAUCAAAACCGAGCCUCCGAGUAAACUGCACUGGCAGGGCGAAGGAGCUCGGGUUCACCUAUUGUGGGAACCACCUCGGUGCAACCUCUCCACACACCUUAUUUAUCAGCUCCGCUACAGUUCCUGGGGUGAAUCUGGGUGGAAGUUAGUUACCUUGCAAAGUUCAAAGACAUGGACGAGUCUAGAUCUGCAAGCAGGUGUUCAGUACUCAGUCCAGAUACAGGCCAAGCCCAAUGGUUCCAUCUACAAUGGAUUCUGGAGUGACUGGUCCAACUCAACCAUCGUCCACGUGCCCACCGGCACAGGAAACCUGGUUGCUGCAGGCAUUCCUUUUAUAUUACUUUUUAUAGCUGUUUUGAUGAUCGCUUCUUUCUCAAAGUAUGCCAGAAAAGUUAAGCAGCUUUUGUGGCCUCCAGUCCCAAACCUUCAGAAGGUGCUGGAAGGUUUCCUGACAGACAUCAGUCGGCAGUACCAAAGCAGCCCAAUCACCAUAAAGCAGUGUUAUGAGGACAUCCCUGCCUCGGUGGUGGAGAUUGUGUCUGGCACAGAGGUCCUGGGUAGUGGCAAAGCCCACAAGGAGGGGGUCCUUGCACUUUUUCCAAACCCAGAGCUGGAGGCCAAGCUGGCAGAGGAGUAUGCCAUGGAGGCCUAUUCAGACUAUGUCACCCUGAACACCCAGAAUGUAUUCCCAUGCCUGCGGAGCAAUGAAUAUGUGCCUGGGGAUGGGAGGUCGCUGAGUGCAGGGCCGGAAGUGCUGCAGAGAGGCUUCCUCUGUUCCUGUGACACAUCACAGAACCUCCUCCUGCCUUCUACUGAAAUACUGAACCACUCAUACCUUCUUCUGGCAGAGCCAGCAGAAGACCUUGCCUUUAAGGAUUCCAGGGGACUGAGCAGCAGGUACACCAACCUGGAGCACCCAGCACUGCAUACGUCUGCAGACUGACUCACAGGUCAUGAUAUUUGAUUGGGCUGUUAUGAUGUUUUGAUCUACACAGUACAUCUAUUACCAGUUAAA